UUUUAUUUACAGCUACCGAAUAUAUUUUGAGUUUUCUCCGACCGGUGGGUGUUCGAAAGCAGACACCAUCAGCUUCUCUAGUCUCCGUGAUCCAAAACGGAAGAGGAAGUUUCCUUUUCAGUGCUUUGAGGAUCUGCAAGAAGUAUCCACCUGAGAUUUUCAACAAUGGUUUUACUACAGUUGGAUCCGUUUCUGAAUGAACUCACGAGCAUGUUCGAGAAAAGCAAAGAGAAAGGUUCUGUGUGGGUUACUUUGAAAAGAUCAUCUUUGAAGUCUAAGCUGCAGAAGAGGAAACUGAGCGCUGCUGGAGAAUCCAUAGAGUACAGAUGCCUUAUUCGAGCUACUGAUGCUAAGAAAACUAUUUCUACUUCGGUUGGUGCCAAGGAUCACCAGAGAUUUCAAGCAUCAUAUGCUACCAUUCUUAAAGCUCACAUGACUGCUUUGAAGAAGAGGGAGAGGAAAGACCGGAAGAAAUCAACAGAAGCAGACAAGAAAGAAAGCACUUCUUCAACCACUACUAAACCCAAGAAACUUUGAUCUCCUCUUUUUUCUUUUAUGUAAUCUCAUUUUGAUCUGCAAUUGUUGCUUAUAAAUUGAAUUUUGAAAAGA